AUGGCGGCGGGAUCGAAGCAUGUGCUGCUACCGCUGUCGGAUCCUCAGAUGAGAGGGAGCGGGGGGGACGAGAGCCUAUUCAAAGGAUCUGCAAUGACCAAGCGCGGGGCGGUCGCCGCUGUGUCCUACAUGAGCUGCGCAGGUUAGGCGUUGGAAAACUAUCAUCUUCAUCUCAUUCCUUUCGUUCUCUACUUACAUAUAUGGAUGAUCCUCCAUGAAUUCCGAAGAAAAGUACAUAAGCUGGUGAAUUAGGAAUGGGCCUGACUACAGAAAAUCUUUCUAUGGAUGAUAAUUAGCAAGUGUCGAACACGCUAUUCUAAUGACCGCUUGGAUGUGUUUCAGUGGGUGUAGUUGGAGGUCGACGCCAUGCGAUUCUUAUAUCUAGCCCUGCGUAGAGUCCAAUUUUACGGCGGGGAACAUAUUUAUGCCAUGAUUUUUCUGGCAACUAACUCCAAUCUCACCUAAGUUUGCGAAUCUAUGUUGCCGACUUUCUCAUAUGAUGAUAAGUUCAUUAAAUCCUUUCUGGUGCAAGAAAGAAAAAAUGGCAUUCGUAAUGAUGUGUGAAGGCUUAGGCUGGGUGCAGCGGCAGUUUUGAUAACCUUGAUCCACUCAUCACCCGACGUUUAGUAAUAUUCCUUCAAUCUUCAGUGUAUUCCUGGAUUAGGGUCCUAGUCUCUGAGUCUGGAGUUGAAUAUGCUGGGAAACUCGUAACAUGGUUUGCAUUUGCUGGUCGCCAACUUGAUCGAUACAGCCAGCUAUGGAGUCUGUGCCAAGUCAAUUUUGGGUCAAACCUGAGAAAAGCUCAACCAUGUUCUGAUAGCAGAGCAGAACUGAAACCUAUCAAAGUUUUGUCUCGGCACUCACUAGAGGGUAACUAUGUUCCUAACAUACUUUAUAGCAUGCGGAUCAUAACUUAAUUUUUGUAAUGUACCUUCUUUGCUCCUCUCCCGUCUUUGACGAAUAUUUCAGUUGAUCCACAUCCCAUUUGUGUUUUAAUGCAAUCCAAAUACUUGAAAUGGUGGGAUUGAUGCCAAGUCUCAGCUGCCUCUUGAAUGUGAACUUCAAGAAACAAAACAUAAAGCAAGAAAAUCGUUUCAAACUGUAUCGAAAAGGAAAGAAAGUUAUUACCGUAUUGGCAGUAGACUCAUCUGCACAGGGAAAGAGAGAGGAUAGAAAAGUGUCGAAUGGAAAGCUGCUGUCAGACUUGACAGAACAGAGAGAAGAGACAUUGCUGAAUAAGAUUGAAGGGAACUUUCAUGCAUUUGGCUAAAACCUACCAGUCCUGGUCCCCUUAUGGCUGGUUGGCAAGUCAUCUGAGCAAGACGCCAACAGUAAGUUGUUCACUUGUCUUCUUGGCAUUUUAAGCUGGGUGUUAGCAAUAGAGUGGGAAACUAUAAAGUGAUUGUAUAGAUUAGUUUCCUUCAGCUUCAUGGUGCUUUGAUUACAUAUUCCUCGACCAUUUUCCCCACUUAAAAUUACGACUUGAUUUUUCUUGGUUUUCCAUAUUUAGAUUUGGAUUUUCCAUCCGUGGAUCUUAUUGGGAUGUGGCAUAAUUUUGACGUUUUUUAUACAAAUGCAUGGUCCUUUCUUCCCUGUCUUAUGGUUACUGGCCUCCAUUCUGCAGUCUUGUUGGUUCUGUUUAACAAGGCAGCUCUCUCUUCGUAUAACUUCCCAUGCGCUAAUGUCAUCACCUUGUUUCAGGUAAUUUCUUUGUUUCUUGUCAUUGGUGUUACAGUGCCUUUUCUACUUUAUGAUCCCAUUUCAAAUGUAUGGUGUAGAGCUUGUCUAUUUCCUCGUGGGAGUGAUUGAAGUUUUAUGCUUCAUCAUUCUUUUUAGCUCAUUAGUACCUACUCACCACUACAUUUAUUAUAUUUCUAAUGCAGAUGAUAAGUUCUACAUUAAUCUUGUUUGCUAUGAGACGCUGGAAAAUUAUCUCCUUCACAGCUGCUGAAUCUCGGACAGUUUCAGAUAAUCAUUUAGCAGGCUUUGUUUCACUGCCAACACUACUUCAUACUCUUCCACUUUCGUUAGCUUAUCUGUUUUACAUGGUGAGUUCUUCUAGCACUUUUUUUUCUCCAAGAACAGGGGUGUCGUAUUAUUUCUUGAAUAUUGUCUUUUUUAUGCUUACAGCUGGCUUCAAUGGAGUCUGUUCGUGGUGUGAAUGUUCCCAUGUACACAACCCUUAGGCGUACAACUGUUGUAUUUACAAUAAUUGUUGAGUACCUUCUGACUCGACAAAAAUAUUCGAAUUCGGUUCUUAGCAGGUAAAUAUUUUUACUUUUCUUGGUAAUGAAGAUGACUGACUUAGUUAUAUGAAGAGAUACAGAUGGAUAUGCGUUCUUUGUCCAUGAGUACUAGGAGAUGUCAUAGGUGUCAAUUGACAAUAGGGAUCAGAUAAGACGUCACAAUGUUUGAGACUUACAGACCAGUAAAACUGGUACAUGCCAAAUAGCCGUAUCAAAUGAGUUGUCAUUUUCUGCAUCACUACAGGUGUAAAACGAGAUUGAUAAUGUUUGUAUUCAACCUUUAUUGACUUUCUGAAAAAUUGAUUAUACCACGAGUCAUAAAUUGGAAAAUUGAACCCAUGUACAGUCAUAGAACUCCUCUGACAGUGAUCGAAAGCUAGAAAACCACCCUCCCGUUGCAGUGAUAUUGAGUCAGUGUCAAUGCCACCUUGUAUGAUAAGUCUAUAGAACCUACAUUGAUUGUUAUUAGAUGGGUAUGCUGAAUCUUUCACCUGACUGUAAGGCUAGGUUUUUAAACUAUUUGUUUAAUCUACCCUCAAAGUUUCGGGGAUUUCUUGUUUGUAAUGUUGGGCUUUUGGAACUGAAGCUCCUUAUUCUUUCAUCCGAUUUGUUCUAUGUAAGUGUUUACGCUUCUGAUCUUUUUCCAUGGUGAAAAAACCAAGGGCUUUACCAGUGUGGGACUGAUUGUUUUCGGAGCAUUUGUGGCUGGCGCUCGGGACAUGUCAUAUGAUUCAUAUGGCUAUGGUGUUGUUUUAUUGGCCAACUUGACUACCGCAAUAUACCUUGCUACCAUAGCUCGCAUUGGUAAUGCCAUGGCCUUACAUUUUCGUCUUCUUUUUAUCUUAUGGAUCAUGCCAGGUAUCCUCGGUGAUGAUUUUUCUCAUCGUUAUGCGUUUUUGCACCUUUUUAUUCUCUAGGAAAAUCAAGUGGUCUCAACAGUUUUGGUCUAAUGUGGUGCAAUGGUAUGCAAGCGUCCGAAUUUAAUUUCUUUUUCUGAUGACAUCUAUGCUCUUAUAAAGCAAAUGAAUGCCUCAACUGUGUUUCUAGAAGUAUCCUAGAACAUUGGUAAAUUAGCAUCUACUGCUUCUUUUGCAGGAUUGAUAUGUGGACCAGUUCUAUUACUUUGGACGUACAUUCAGGGUGACUUGACCAGGACAAUGAACUUCCCUUAUUUAAAUGAUUAUGGAUUCCAGGUAUGCUGGAUUUUUGAAACAUGUGAUUUAAGUAUGCAGUGCUUGUCAUUACUAAAUGACAAUGGAAUAAAUCUACUGUCCUGGACACUACUGAGUCUUGUGAGAACAGGUGCUAAGAUCACAGAGUAGUGUGCGCCGUAAAUUGUGUCCAUGAUCUUUCAUGGUUCCCAAGAACCUUCUGUUACUAAUUUUGCUUUCCGUAGUCAAUAAAAUAGCUUUCUUCUGUUGGGUAUGUAGUUUUUGAUUUUCCCGAAACAGAGAUUACUUAUUCGCGUGCACAUGUGUGGCUCAUCUGUAUGAUUUUCUGUACUCUUUGGUCAAAAAAGUCUUCUGCCUUGAGAGGGAUAUACAGUCGCAAUAUAUCUCUGUGUAGAAAUAUGUUUCCUGGUAUCUUAAUAGCUGACUUCAGAUUUUGCCGGGUCGUAUCUGAACCAGCAAAUCCGUGUUUCAAGGAUCUCAUUACGAACUGUCCUCUGUUGCGUGCACCAUGUAUAACCAGGCAUUUCCUUAGUCUUAUCAUGCUACAUUUCUCUUAAUCAGGCAACAUUUCUACCGUAGAUAAGGGGGGAAACUCUCAUAAUGCGUCCUUGUUUUAUCCUUAUUUAUAUUGAAUCUUAAUGACAGUCAUCUUGCAGGCUGUGAUGCUUGUUUCCUGCAUCCUGGCGUUCUUCCUCAACUACAGCAUAUUUCUGAACACCACCCUCAACUCCGCACUCACCCAGACAAUGUGUGGCAACCUCAAAGUCAGCUUGCUCCCUCUUCCCUCCUCCAUCGUGGCAGUCUAAUGUGGCUGCUCCAUUCUGACCCGAUUCCUCACUGCAGGAUCUGUUCACCAUUGGGCUCGGCUGGCUGGUCUUCGGUGGCCUCCCAUUUGACCUGGUAGGAACUUACUUUUCUCUCGGAAUCUCUUUCCAUCUGCUUUGGGCUCUUCCUCUUUUUCCCUUUUUAGAUGGAGAAGUAUAGGGAUUUGCCUCUCUUGAUGGGUGUGCCUGUUGGUUCCAGCUGAAUGUGGUCGGCCAGGGCCUCGGCUUCUUUGGGUCCGGCUUGUACGCCUACUGCAAGCUCACAGGUAGGUAG